GAAUUAUUCAACAAUUGGACUUGAAUUGUUCUAGAUUUUCAUUUGUUGCCUGUUUUUAUGUUUGUUUUUUUUUGUAAAACGAUAAUUGCAGUGUACAAAAAAUAUUUGUAGUUUCUAUUUCUUUUUCUUGAAAUUUCGUUACUCAUAAGACUACUGAUACAUUCACACAUCAUUGCUUCUCAUAAUUGUUAAGAUUUUUCAAAUCGUAACCAUGAAUGUUCUACCAGCUCAACCGAUUGGUAUACAAAGUACUGCUGGUGCGGUGCCAGUUCGAAAUGAAAAAGGUGAAAUAUCUAUGCAAAAGGUGAAAGUUCAAAGAUAUAUAUCAGGAAAAAAGCCAGAUUAUGCUCAAGGAGUAUCAUCAUCUGAAGAAUCAGAUGCUGAAGACUUUAUAGAACAACAAAGACCAGAGAGAAGGCAUAUUAUUGCUCCUGUUAUUGGAAAAGAUGACCACAGUGAUUCAGAGCAAGAAGUUGAUGACCCUCGGUUGCGCCGUCUUCGUAUGGCAGUGCAGUCGCCUCCGCGACGCUCGGAGCACAAACCGGAGAUUAUCGACGCCGAACCUGAAGAGCCUGAACCAGAAUCCAGUGAAGAUGAGGCUCGGCAUAGUUCCGAGAGUGAAGACGAACUGGAUGAAGAUGAGAUUGAGCGACGUAGGCAGGCUGUUAAAGCUAAAUUGGCUGCAAGAGAGGCAGAGAAGGAGGUUUUAGGGCGGGAUGAUGAGGAAGAAAUGUUGGAUGGCGAUAAAGAGGAGAGUGGCUCUUCAGACACAGAUUACACUGACAGUGAAGAGGAAACUGGGCCAAGAGUAAAGCCAGUAUUCGUAAGAGCGUCAGAAAGGAUGACAGUAGCCGAGCGGGAAAGGAAAGUGAAACAACAGAAGAAGGAAGAAGUGGAAGCGAGAAGGGAAAAGGAGGAGAAAAGAAGAGAGGCGUUGAAGCUAGUUGAGGAGACUAUACGUGCGGAGCAGAAGAAUACUCAGGCAGAACAAAAGGAAGCGAAUAUAAACGACGUAUGCACUGACGACGAGAAUGACGAGCUGGAGUACGAAGCUUGGAAGCUGCGCGAAAUGAAGAGGAUAAAGCGGGACAAGGAAGAACGAGAGGCCGUGGAGAAGGAGUGGCUGCAAACGGAGCGCUUGCGCAACAUGACCGACGACGAGCGGCGCGUCGAGCAGCGACUCAACCCCAAGCUGAUCACCAACAAGCCGGUCAAGGGCAAAUACAAGUUCCUGCAGAAGUACUACCACAGAGGUGCAUUUUAUUUGGACAAAGAGGAGGAUGUUUUCAAACAAGAUUUCUCUGGAGCGACACUGGACGAUCACUUUGAUAAGACUGUUUUGCCGAAGGUGAUGCAAGUAAAGAAAUUCGGUCGCUCCGGUCGCACAAAGUACACGCACCUGGUAGACCAAGAUACCACAGAGUUCGACUCGGCUUGGAACAAUGAAAGCGCCGCUGCGCGCUUAGCUAACUUCAGAGGAGGCAUGAAACAGGUGUUCGAGAAACCAUCAGCGAAAAGGAAACAUGCUGUAUAAUACAAAGAGUUUCACAAUAGGAACAUGCUGUAGAAAAGAAAAUAAGAGUUUUAAAGGAACAUUCUGUACACUGUUUGAGAAUGUGGUAAUAGACAAUUAGAGUUUUAAAAAAGGAACAUCCCUGUGUUAGAAUGUUGAAAAAAAAUGGAAAUAGCAUAAUGGAAUACGAUAGAAGGUUCACAGUGAAGUGUUCAAGUAAAUAAUAAUGAAGAAUAUGUAAUUUUUGUAAAGUCACAGUAAAAAUGAAAUAAUAAAAAGAUUUUAUGUUAAAAAAAUGGUUGAAGUUAAUGUCAUUAUUUUUAGUACGAAUAAAGUAUAAGCUAAACUGUAUGCUAUCAGAGUUGGAAAAUGUUUAGAAUUAAAACUAAUUUUAAUAUGUUCAAAAAGUGUUCAAUAUAAGAAAUUAAAAUAUCGAUGACU